AUGAGCACCAUGCGCCUGCUGACCCUCGCCCUGCUCUUCUCCUGCUCCUUCGCCCGCGCCGCCUGCGACCCCAAGAUCGUCAACAUCGGCGCGGUGCUGAGCACGCGCAAGCACGAACAGAUGUUCCGUGAGGCCGUGAACCAGGCCAACAAGCGACACGGCUCCUGGAAGAUCCAGCUCAACGCCACCUCUGUCACCCACAAGCCCAAUGCCAUCCAGAUGGCCCUGUCGGUGUGCGAGGACCUCAUCUCUAGCCAGGUCUACGCCAUCCUAGUUAGCCACCCACCUACCCCCAACGACCACUUCACACCCACCCCGGUCUCCUACACAGCUGGCUUCUACCGCAUUCCCGUCUUGGGGCUGACCACCCGCAUGUCCAUCUACUCCGACAAGAGCAUCCACCUGAGCUUCCUGCGCACCGUGCCGCCCUACUCGCAUCAGGCGAGCGUCUGGUUCGAGAUGAUGCGCGUGUACAGCUGGAACCACAUCAUCCUGCUGGUCAGCGACGACCACGAGGGCCGGGCGGCGCAGAAGCGCCUGGAGACGCUGCUGGAGGAGCGCGAGUCCAAGAGUAAAAAAAGGAACUAUGAAAACCUCGACCAACUGUCCUAUGACAACAAGCGCGGACCCAAGGCCGAGAAGGUGCUACAGUUCGACCCGGGGACCAAGAACGUGACGGCCCUGCUGAUGGAGGCACGGGAGCUGGAGGCCCGGGUCAUCAUCCUCUCUGCCAGCGAGGACGAUGCCGCCACCGUGUACCGCGCGGCGGCGAUGCUGAACAUGACGGGCUCGGGGUACGUGUGGCUGGUGGGCGAGCGCGAGAUCUCGGGGAACGCGCUGCGCUACGCACCCGACGGCAUCAUUGGGCUGCAGCUCAUCAACGGCAAGAACGAGUCGGCCCACAUCAGCGACGCCGUGGGUGUGGUGGCGCAGGCUGUGCACGAGCUGCUGGAGAAGGAGAACAUCACCGACCCGCCCCGCGGCUGCGUGGGCAACACCAACAUCUGGAAGACCGGGCCGCUGUUCAAGAGGGUGCUGAUGUCUUCCAAGUAUUCGGAUGGAGUGACCGGCCGAGUGGAGUUCAAUGAGGAUGGAGACCGGAAGUUUGCCAACUACAGCAUCAUGAACCUGCAGAACCGCAAGCUGGUGCAAGUGGGCAUCUAUAAUGGCAGCCACGUCAUCCCGAACGACAGGAAGAUCAUCUGGCCAGGGGGGGAGACAGAGAAGCCUCGAGGGUACCAGAUGUCCACGAGACUAAAGAUCGUGACGAUCCACCAGGAGCCCUUCGUGUAUGUCAAGCCCACGCUGAGCGACGGCACGUGCAAGGAGGAGGUCACUGUCAACGGUGACCCAGUCAAGAAGGUGAUCUGCACCGGGCCCAAUGACACGUCGCCAGGCAGCCCACGCCACACGGUGCCUCAGUGCUGCUACGGCUUCUGCAUUGACCUGCUCAUCAAGCUGGCGCGGACCAUGAACUUCACCUACGAGGUGCACCUGGUUGCGGAUGGCAAGUUCGGCACACAGGAGCGGGUGAACAACAGUAACAAGAAGGAGUGGAACGGGAUGAUGGGCGAGCUGCUCAGCGGGCAGGCGGACAUGAUCGUGGCCCCGCUGACCAUCAACAACGAGCGCGCGCAGUACAUUGAGUUCUCCAAACCCUUCAAGUACCAGGGCUUGACCAUUCUGGUCAAGAAGGAGAUCCCGAGGAGCACACUGGACUCAUUCAUGCAGCCGUUUCAGAGCACACUGUGGUUGCUGGUGGGGCUGUCGGUGCAUGUGGUGGCUGUGAUGCUGUACCUGCUGGACCGCUUCAGCCCCUUUGGCCGGUUCAAAGUGAACAGUGAGGAAGAGGAGGAGGAUGCCCUGACCCUGUCCUCCGCCAUGUGGUUCUCCUGGGGUGUCCUGCUCAACUCCGGCAUCGGGGAAGGUGCCCCCCGGAGCUUCUCUGCACGCAUCCUGGGCAUGGUAUGGGCUGGCUUUGCCAUGAUCAUUGUGGCCUCCUACACUGCCAACCUGGCGGCCUUCCUGGUGCUGGAUCGGCCUGAGGAGCGAAUCACAGGCAUCAAUGACCCACGGCUGAGGAACCCCUCAGACAAGUUCAUCUACGCGACAGUGAAACAGAGCUCGGUGGACAUCUACUUCCGGCGGCAGGUGGAGCUGAGCACUAUGUACCGGCACAUGGAGAAGCACAACUAUGAGAGCGCAGCCGAGGCCAUCCAGGCCGUGCGGGACAACAAACUCCAUGCCUUCAUCUGGGACUCAGCCGUGCUGGAGUUCGAGGCUUCGCAGAAGUGUGACCUGGUGACCACGGGUGAGCUCUUCUUCCGCUCUGGCUUUGGGAUCGGCAUGCGCAAGGACAGCCCCUGGAAGCAGAAUGUCUCCCUGUCCAUCCUCAAGUCGCAUGAGAACGGCUUCAUGGAAGACCUGGACAAGACAUGGGUUCGGUACCAGGAAUGUGACUCACGCAGCAACGCCCCUGCAACCCUCACUUUCGAGAACAUGGCAGGGGUCUUCAUGCUGGUGGCCGGGGGCAUCGUGGCCGGCAUCUUCCUGAUUUUCAUCGAGAUUGCCUACAAGCGCCACAAGGAUGCGCGCCGAAAGCAGAUGCAGUUGGCCUUCGCGGCAGUGAACGUGUGGAGGAAGAACCUGCAGGAUAGAAAGAGUGGUAGAGCAGAGCCCGACCCUAAAAAGAAAGCCACAUUUAGGGCUAUCACCUCCACCCUGGCCUCCAGCUUCAAGAGACGUAGGUCCUCCAAAGACACGGUAAGGGGGAGAGCACCCCAGUCCCACGUCUCCAACUCCCCCCUCGCCCCAUGUCUGUCUCCCUCUCCCUCGCCAUCCCACCCCUGUCCCUGCCUCCAGCCUGGCCACCUGUGCCUCUGCCCCAGCAGCCCCUGUCCCGAGUCAGCCUGAGCCCCCCGCGCCCACAUGCCAGCCAGGCUGCCCUCCAGACCCCGGCCCUCUCCCCGCCCUCACUGGCCCUCAGCCCCAACCCCGUGUGUCUGCACGUCAGUCUGCCCUCCCUCUCCCCCAUGCCGUGACCGCACACCAUCUUGAAGCCGUGUCAUGUCGUUGGUCAGCCAGCCUUGCCACUUCCCUGGGCCACACCCGGGCCCUGGGAGCCAAGAGCAGCCCUUGUCCCAGCUGCCCCGCACCCGGAGGCCACACCACUGCUGAGAUGCCCCUUUUCUCUGGCCUCCCCCAGAGGGCUGCCACCCUCACUCCUGCCUUGUGAUGGCCCUGGAGGGGCGGCUGUGAUGUCCCAUCCCGUCCGUCUGUCUGGCCGCUGGCCCCGCCCACCAACGCCUGUCUCCCCUGUCUCACCAGAGCCAUGCGUGUUGCCUCUUCCAUGUGGUCUCUGUGUGGCUGGGGGCUGGGGGCCGGGCCUGGGUCCCUCUGGGUGGACGGCUGGGGCCUGGUGUUGCAGUUGGCCCCUGGCCCCAGGGUGCUGUCCUCGGGGGAUGGGGUGGGAUCAGGGGGCCCUGCUGAAGUGAGCAGCAGCCCCUGAGGAUCUGAGCUCAGGCAGGCAGGGGCACCCCUAUGAGCCCAGGCCGAUAAGAGGUUCCAAAUGGGCUCAGGAAGGGGAUCCCAAGACAGAUGUCUCAGUUCUGACCUCGGCACCUCCAGAACCAGGCCUUCUGCCUGCUGAGCCAGGAUGCCAUCUCCUGCUUCAGUGCACUGGAGACCACCCUCAGGCCUAAGGCCCCCAGAGGGCCCCAGCCUUGCUAGAUGUAUCCUGGAGCCAGGCAGCCACCCUGCAGUCCCACCCACAGGGAGUCCCCAGCCCCUAGGCAGCACUGCCCCAAAGGGGGUGCAUGGCCCAGGGAGGAACUGGGGCUUGCGGCCCCCAGCCCUCCACCCACAGGAAGAAGGGAAGAUCUCCAGGGCACGGGCAGGACGUGGCAGGGAGCAACCUGAGUCUCAGGGCAAAGCCAGCAGAUGCCCAAGAGGGACUCAGGACGCUGAGCUACCCAGGUCCAGGGGGAGCAGCCUGGCCCAGGCAGGGCCAGUGAGGGGGAGUGGGGCAGCUGGAGGCGCUGGGGGCUGGUGGCGGCACAGUCCCCGAGCAGCCGGCCAGGGCAAGUGGGUGGGCCCCAUGCUGCAAGGUCUGAGCCAGGGUCCCACAGGGGGCACAGGGCAGAGGGAGGGGAAACAGGGUCGACAGGACUGUGGGGUGGGUGGCCAGGGAGGAGGAUAGCUCCUGGCAGGCAGGAGAAGGAGCACUUUGGGGGCAAGGCGUCUGUGGGGAUCACGAAAGUUGUGCAGGUGAUGGGCCACUUUCAGCGGGGUCCUGUGGUCCGGGCCCGGCCUGCAGCUGGCCCAGGUGCAGCUCAGGGUGCCCUUCUGGGGACGCGCUCCCCGUGGAAUCCUGGGGUCCAGCCCUGGCACCAGGUGGUCCCUGUGCCAGGUCCCCCCCCUGCAGGGCUGACUACGGGGCGCUGCCUCUGGGCUCUGGGUGGGGGAGGGCAGCCCAGCUCCC